UGAGAGUUCAUGGAAUCAGUGAAGUAAGUGUUGACUCAUACGUCAAAUAUCAACGGAUCUGUCCAAUUCACAGUCUGCCAUUCGAGAACCUCGUUUGUGACUCGCCCAGUUGACGGCCAAGUGGCUCACUCCGCACUUGAAUCCCCCGACGGCCGAAGCCGGGAACCGAGAUUUCACUUCUCGCAGCCGGAGCAUCGGUAUUAAUAACUCAAACCCGGAAACAGCUGAGAAGUUUCUUCCUCGUCUUUGGUGGAAUUUAUUUCAUAUCACUGCACCACCUGCCCGCUAUGGAACAUUGAGCUAUCCAGCCCUGCUCCAUUCUAUAAUGCAUACUAACACUAUGACCACACAGCUAACACCUCAUCUCGCCCCGGUCUCAUUGUCAGACCACGCGGGCUACACACCAGCUCUGAGCCUGUCCUUCGGCCUUCCAGACCGGCCCCCAUCCCCAACUUCAUCGGUGUCAUCGAUAACAUCUCAGGUCACCAUGGCUAGUGCAUCAACCGAGGGCACUUCCGCCUCCUUCCUUCAAGUGGUAGAAAAUGCCUACUUCUCCUCCAAUCCGCCCCCAAAGGCUCUUGCUGCUCACACAGCUCAAGCCCAGUCUUUCAUUAACCACCAUGCUGCGGAAGGCCGACGUGUGGUCCUGAUCACAUCCGGUGGUACGACGGUCCCUUUGGAGAAGCAGACUGUCCGCUUCAUCGACAAUUUCAGCGCCGGCACACGAGGAGCAACCUCCGCCGAGUACUUUCUCGAGGCGGGAUAUGCCGUCAUCUUCCUCCACCGCCAAUUUUCGCUGCUGCCCUACAGUCGACAUUACAGCCAUUCCACAGACUGCUUCCUGGAUUUCAUGCAUGAAGGCCCUGACGGAAGUGUAGUGGCCAAUCCGACGCACCAGGAAAAGAUGCUCCGGGUGUUGCGAAAGUACAAUGCCGCCAAACAGGGGCGCACUUUGCUUAUGCUACCGUUUAUGACCAUCACGGAUUACUUGCACGAGCUACGGGCGAUUGCACAGUUGAUGCGCCCUCUGGGACCUAAUGGGUUGCUGUAUCUUGCGGCAGCAGUUUCGGACUUCUUUGUGCCCCCUGAGCGCAUGUCUGAGCACAAGAUCCAGAGCACCAACGCGACGGACAACCUGAAGCAGGGGCCAAUGACUAUCAAGACGGAGACCCGAUCCGAGGAAGCCACAGAAGAAACAGAGGAGGCAUUCGACAACUUUGACUCUUCACCGGCUGUUCCGCGGAGCAAGCGGCUCAUCGUGGAUCUGGAUCCUGUUCCCAAAUUCCUCAAAAACCUUGUUGACGGCUGGGCGCCCGAAGGCAUGAUCGUGUCGUUCAAGCUGGAAACGGAUCCCGGAAUCCUGGUGCACAAGGCCAAGUACUCUCUGAACCGCUAUCAGCAUCAUCUCGUGAUCGGAAACCUGCUCACGACACGCAAGUGGGAAGUCGUGUUUGUGGCACCAAACCAGGCAGACAAGUGGAUCCGGGUGCCCAACCACCUGAGGAGAAGGCCAAGCGCCGGUAUAGAGGGACUUGUAGGAGCAGCGGAUCGGAGUUGGGAACAAGACAAACCAUUGGAUCCUGCAACCUUGCCCGAGGGUGAGCCAGAACUCGAGAUCGAGAGUCUCAUUAUCCCGGCAGUCGAGGAAUUGCAUCAAAAGCACAUUGAUUCCAUUCGGGCGAAGGCAUAGUGGGGGUAAUACGGCAGCAUCGAGCGCCGCACAGAAUCCGAACAAGUGAGUGUUACAUGUAAAAUCUAGGUGCCUUAGCUAUAAGAUCUACUGGUUUUCUUACAAGUCAUAUUUUCCCUGAUACUUGUGUGUAAGACCGGUGUGCUCCCGUUGUGUGUUAAUCAGCAUGUCUCGGAUAGACGGCCAGCGCAGAA